AUGUGGAGGAUACCAAUCGAAGGUCGCAGCAGGGUGCGGCCCAUUUUCUUAAUAUAUAAAGCUCUCUGUCCCAAUCGGAAGCUUCCAAAACCUCGGUUUGCCGCCCUACGUACGUUAUACGAACCCGGUAAACCAACAUUGGGUGACAACAUUUUGGAUUCUGGCGCACUCGUUUUCCAUUUCCCAGGGCCAAACACGGUUACAGGAGAGGAUGUCCUUGAAUUACACGUCCACGGCAGUCCUGCGGUGAUACGAUCUAUUCUUAACGCGAUUCCGAAAUGCACAAUAACCGGAGACCCCCCGUCAACGUCAAUUCGAUACGCCGAACCUGGAGAAUUUACCCGCAGAGCGUUCCUUAACGAUCGCCUAGAUUUGCCCCAGAUUGAAGCGCUUGGUAAUACACUGGCAGCGGAUACAGAACAACAACGCCGACUUGCCAUUAGAGGUACAAAUGAUGCUCUAUCUACGCGCUACGAACAAUGGAGACAGCAGCUUCUGUAUGCCAGGGGAGAGCUUGAAGCUCUAAUAGACUUUUCUGAAGACCAGCACUUUGACGAAUCCGUGGAAGAUUUUAUAUCCUCUGUUACCGAGCAGGUUCACAAAUUGCUGCGCCAGAUUGACCUGCAUAUCGAAAAUGCGUCAAAGGGAGAACUUCUACGAAGUGGUAUUAAGAUUGCUCUUCUCGGCGCGCCAAAUGCCGGGAAGAGUUCACUUCUGAAUCAGGUCGUUGGACGAGAAGCUGCUAUCGUGAGUAGUGAGGAAGGGACCACUAGAGAUAUCGUCGACGUUGGAGUUGAUCUCGGAGGGUGGCUAUGUAAAUUUGGAGACAUGGCAGGGCUGCGAUCCGACCUAUCAAAAAGUCAGUUCGCGAUGCAGGGACAGGAUAUUCCAACGAUCGGUAAGGUGGAGAAGGAGGGUAUUCGACGGGCUAAAGCUCGGGCUCUCGAGUCAGACGUUGUGGUAGUAGUUCUCUCGGUCGAAGGAUCGAGAGAACAGGAAUUGAGUUUAGAGCCGGAGGUUGUUAGCGCGGUUAACAACUGUCUUGAGCUGGACAAAAAGGUCAUAGUGACGAUCAACAAGACAGAUAAGCUAACUACGGGCCGAGAAGACUAUAUCAUGUCCAAGUAUAAGGCCCAGAUGGCUACGGUUUUCAAGGGCGUCGAUCCCAAUCUGAUAUUCCCGAUCUCGUGCCAGGAGGCACAAAACACGACUACGAGCGAUCCAGGCGGCAUCCAAGCAUUGCUGGGUGGCCUGAUCCGUACGUUCGAAGCUAUCUCUACACCUGCCGGUCUACACUCGGAAACGGAAAAUGGAGAGAAAAUGAAUCAACAAUUUGAUAAAUCAUAUUGGGAAGACUCAUUGGGAGUAACGCAUCGACAAAGCUCUAAUCUACAGAUAUGUGCGCAGCACCUAAACGACUUUCUAUCCCAAACCAAUAAUGGCCCGAUAACGCCCGAUAAUGCCAACGACAAUAUUAAUAAAAUGAUAGUAGAACAAGCGGAGAAAGAAAUCGACAUCGUGACGGCCGCCGAACACUUGCGGUUUGCAGCCGAAUCCCUUGCAACGAUCACCGGCCGUGGUGAAGGGGGUGAUGUUGAGAGUGUGUUGGGAGUGGUGUUUGAAAAGUUGGUACCCGUCUCGUCGUCCCGUGUCGUUCCAGAUUAA